UAUCACACAGUCUGAGCUAAUAUCUUGGACGACUAACGCAAGAUAGAAGAAGAAUAGAGAUUGAGACGAUGAAGGUGAUUCUUCAUCUCAGCUCUCUCACUCGCACUCCCUUUUCUUCCCCUUCUCUCCCCCAUUCCAAACCCAUCUCAGUUGCAGCAAAAACAAAGCCCUUAUCCAUAUCAUUUCAACAUGAAGAAGCCGAAAAGAGGAGCUUAGAGUUGCGAGUAUGCACAAAUAGGACUUGCCGGAGACAGGGUUCUCUAGAAUCUCUUCAAGUCCUAUCCGGAAUCGCGCCGCCCCAUGUCUCCGUCACCGCCUGCGGCUGCCUCGGUAAAUGCGGCGCCGGACCAAACGUCGUCGUCUUGCCCGAUGCCGUCUUUAUCAAGCACUGCGGCACCCCUGCUCGGGCUGCGGAAAUGAUGUCCUUCCUCUGCCUUGGCCGAGAUGGUACUGAUAUUGAGACUGAGACUAACAAGUGCUUGGAGGCACUGGCAUUGAGGAAGAGAGCCGAAGAUGAGAUGGAUAAGGGCAAUUUCUCCCAGGCCUUCCAUUUACUCUCUCGGGCUAUUUAUCUAAAACCAUUUGGUGGUGUACAUAUUUCAUAUAGAAACAGGUCAGUUGCUCGGUUGGCAAUGGAAGACCCAGCAGGAGCACUCCAAGAUGCUAAAGAGGCUCUAAAUAUUGCUCCCACUUAUUCAGACGCUUAUUUAUGCCAAGGUGAUGCUUUAAUGGCUUUGGACCAGAUUGAGGCUGCUGAGAAUUCCUAUUCAGUGGCUUUAGAUCUGGAUCCCUCCAUACGUCGCUCCAAAUCAUUCAAGGCUCGGAUAGCUAAGCUCAAGGAGAAACUGGCUCCGGCAAUUUGAGAUGAGUUCUACUGUGUUCAUUUGUUUCAUCAAACUCAACAUUUCAACGUUGGCAUAAUUAUUUUCAAAAAAAAAACCCAUGCAUAUUUGUUGUAAAUAAACACCUUGUACAAAAGAGUUUAAGUAGCCAGUUACUGCUACCUAGUAAAUAUAGGAGGAUCUGUGAAGCAUACACUAAAAGCUGUUUUCUAAUGUAUAUUUGCCUAAAGAGUUAGGGUUGUUCACUUCAAUUCUCUAUUUUUCAUUUUUCA